GUUAAGUCCCAUCGUCAAGUGCAGCAGCUCCAUCUGACAGCCCCGAGAUGCAGCCCAACAAAGCAACUCCAGGUGCGUCUGGAAUGCAGGCCAAGCUACGACCACCUCCUGCAUUGUUUGAUGAAGGACCAGCAUCAAGUCCCGCUGCGCCUUCUGUUAGUGGUUCUUCCGAUGUCAGCUAUGUGCCAGGUGGGUCAUCGACAUCGGAUCCGUGUGAAUCUGACGGGUUGCCAGAUCCCACACGUACUCCCAAGAUGCGGGAAGAGGGCUGCCACAAGGAACCGAAGUACAUCAUCUUUGAGUCGUGGCUUCAGAGUCUCGUCAAGUGGUGUCACUAUCCAGCCUGUGGCAGCCAGGACAUAAGCCCUUCUUGGGAUUCGAACGGUACACAGCUGAUCAUGACUAUACAAUGCGCAUCAUGUGACCAGAGGAGUAGGUGGAGCAGCCAGCCAAACAUUGGCCCUUAUGCCGCGGGCAACAUCCUGCUAUCUGCUGGCAUCCUCUUCGCUGGCACAUCUUCUGGCAAGGUGUUGCAAGUGCUGAACAGCAUCGGAGUGGUCAGGUAUGUGAAGAGAACAUUUUUCAACCACCAGGAGCUCAUCCUGCAGCCAGCCAUUAAAAAGGUGUGGGAGGAACAGCAACGGACGCACCUCACCAUGCUGCAGGUGGAAGGCCAACCCCUCGUCCUUGGUGGUGAUGGGCAAGCAGACAGUCCGGGACACAGCGCCAAGUUCGGUACCUACACCACAAUGGAGCUUGAGGCCAAUGUGGUUCUCGACCUUCAGGUUGUACAGAGCAACGAAUGUCAUGGCAGCUACCAUGUGGAGAUGGAAGGACUGAAGAGGAUGGUGGAGGUGCUGAUCAGCUGGGACCUGGAUGUCGAGGUGCUGGUGACAGACAGACACAGACAGAUCGCUAAAUCGAUUCACAAAAACAUGCCCAAUACAUGGCACUGCUAUGACAUCUGGCAUGUUGCAAAAUCGUCUACACCGCCAAGAGAGGGGGGACUUCUGGUUGCCAAGUGGAAGUCUGUGGAGCGACAUAUUCAGGACAUCCACAAGGACCACGGCGACCUCUUCCCAAUUUGUGCUCAUGGACAACUGCACGGUAGAAGGCUGCAAAAGAAAUGGCUCAAACCAAGUUCACGCUCAGCAGUGAAACUGGAGGAGGUGGUCAACAACAAGUCCCUGCUGAAAGAUAUCGCCAUGCUGUCGGGCUACCCAGAUGACUUGAUUAGGGAGGUUGUUGCUGGCUGCAGACAGACCCUUGACGAGAGAACACCAGUUGCCGUCACCGUGGAUGUGCCUCCCUUCCUCUGCGAUGAACUGGAGAAGCCAGACAAGGAGGAAGCCAUCGCUAAGCCCAGGAGUCGCUUCGCUAAGCGUUAA